GGCUCUGUGCUGACAGCAGAGAGCCCAAUGUGGGGCUUGAACUCAUGAACCAUGAGAUCAUAACCUGAGAUGGAGUCUCUAAGAGACAAACCCACAAAGUACCUCGAGGAAAUAACAGACCACUUGGGGUUCUCAGGUCACAUUUUGAAUAUCACCAAAAGAAUGCAAGAUGAUCUGUAUUUUACAUAACUGGUGGUCUCAUUACCAGUUACCUCAGAAUUUUCCAGAGCAUGAAGGGAUCACAAUACAAAAAAAACUUAGUAUCUGUUGUCUAAUGUCUCAUGGAAUUUACACAUUUACAUUAAGUCUUCACCCUCUGUAGGCAUGUGAGUUUGUGACCCCAGUGUAGUCACCACCCAGAGACCUCUGCAGUUGGAAGGAAAACCUACAAAUAUGCAAAUGGUAGGAUGUAAGGAACGGUAUGAAUAAAGAAUAGAAUUUCUCAUCCCCUAUGAGACAAUAAGGAGAGCCACCUCUUUCUAAGAACCAGCUAUUGGAUCUCAGUUCAGUUUCAAGUUUAAAUAUCCAAUAUUCAUGGGGCACCUACCUGGGUGUUUCAGUCGGUUAAGCAUCUGACUUCGACUCAGGUCAUGAUCUCACAGUUCGUGAGUUGAGCCCCUCAUCUGGCUCUGUGCUGACAGCUCAGAGCCUGGAGCCUGCUUUGGAUUCUGUGUCUCCUCUCUCAGACCCUGCCCCCUCCUUCUCUGUCUCUGUCUCUCAAAAUAAACUUAAAAAAAUUUUAAAAUCCAGUAUUCUAUUUUGCCUCCAGAGCCAACUAAAGACAAAGAAUCAUCUCAAACCAAUAGCUAAUGUUAUGAUAAAUGACUAAAUACAAGCUUGCAUAAUGUGGCAGUUGAUAAAAUGAACCUUUUUCAGACAUACCUGGGUUUCAAAUCCCAGCUCAGCAGCAUACAAACAUGUGACUUUGAGAAAGUUACCUAGCCAAGCAAAGCUUAAUAACAAGAGUUCCUAUUUUGGGUUGUUGUUAUAACGAAUGAAUAAGAUAAUGUAUGUAGAGCACUUAUAAUGGCAUUUGACACAUGGCAAGCCCUCAGUAAAUGAUAGCUCUCUAUUAACUGGAACUAUUCUAACUAGGAUUGAAGACAAAACUAGUCUUUAAAAGUGCUUAGAAGUGUUCUGAGUAACCAGCACCAUCAUCAGACCUGGGCAUAGUUUAGAUCCCUCAUAUUACAAAUACACAAAAAUACAUUUAUUAACGAACACAUGGGCACUUGUGACAUUCAGGAUCCAGUGCUCAGUGUUGGCACAGCACACAACCCUAAACCCCUGGUCUCAUAAUUAACAUCAUUCAAAUGUCAGGGGAAUACUUCAUAUUGCUUGCCAUGUGUACUUGAAACAAAAGGCAAAUGCAUCUGAAUGCCACAAAGGUUUGUGACUUCUGCUGCUGCUAUCAGACAAAUGCUUUGGUGUUCAGGGAGAAUUUGAGCAGCUGAAGUGCUUAGUAAGAGAAAAAACAAAUCAACGUGUCAAGUCCUUCCUCUCUCAAUAACAAUAGAUUCUUCCAUAACAAUGAUUGUGUCCCAGUAGCAACAAGCAUUGGCUUUCUUCCUUCUAUUUGUGUUCCAAUUCAUGGUUUCUUAACCUGUGGGAAGUGGGCCUCCAUUUGUACUCUUGCCCCAGGCCAAGCAAAUGUUAGCUGGCCUGUAGCUAACACAGUAAGAUGUGAAAAAGAAAUGAAGUAUAACUAUUGGAAAGGAAACAAAAGUCAUCAUUAUUUGUAGCUGAUUCGUUUGUCUAGCCAGAAGACACCCAAGGGAAUCAAUUGAAACACUCAGAUUUAACUCAGAAAAGAGAGAGUUCAGAAGAGAGUUCAAUGAAGUGGCUGAAUAGCAAUCAAUAGUUUUCCUGUAAGCCAGCAACAACCAGUUAGGAGAUAUAAUGUAGAAAAAAAUCCAUUUGUGAUGACAACAAAAAAUAGCACAGAAUCCCUGGAAAUAAUUUUUUAAGAAAUGCAUAUGCUUUACACAAAGAAAACAAGGAUAUUUGUAUAUCUUUUAGCAAGUGGGAUUUGAAAACAUGGAAAUUGAUGCCAUAUUUCUGGAUGGGAAAGCUAAAUUUUGUAAGAUGACAGCUUUAAAAAUUAAUUAUAUGUUUAAUUCAAUCCAGUCAAGAUUCAAAGUUAUUUUACCUUGAUAAAGUGAUUCUAAAUUCACCUAAAAGAAUGAAUAAGGAUAAUAGCAAAGAAAUUUUCAAAAAAGAAUAAUAAUGAUGGGACACUUGGCUUAUAAGAUAUUAAAAUGUACACAUAAGUUAUAAUAUUUAAAACAUAGUAUUGUCACAGGAAUCAACAAACAAAUCAAAGGAACACAAGCCUUGAGACUGACCUAAUAAAAAGAUAAGAACCCAAUAUACAAUAAAGGAAGCAUCACAAACCAGUGAAGACAGAAUUCAUCAACAAUAGUAAAUGAAAAAAAAUGAAAGCCUAAAACAGCUUUAAAAAGUAUAAACAAAUGUUGGGGGUGCCUGGGUGGCUCAGUCGGUUAAGCAUCCAACUCUAGGUUUUGACUCAGGUCAUGAUCUCAGGUUUCAUGAGUUUGAGCCCCACAUAGGGCUGUGUGCGAACUGUGCAGUCUGCUUGGGAUUCUCUCUUCUUUCUCUCUCUCUCUGCUUUCUCACUCACUCUGUCUCAGUCUGUCUCUAAAUAAAUAAAUCAACUUAAAAAUUUAAAAAAAAGUAUAAGCAAAUGUUAAAUUUUGAGAUUGGGAAGAAUUUUUUUUUUUAAUUUGAGAGAGAAAGAGCACGAAUUAGUGGCAGGAAAGAGGGACAGAGGGGCAGAGAGAGGGGGAGAGAGAGAGAGAGAGAGAGAGAGAGAGAGAGAGAAUCCUAAGCAGAGUCCACACUUAGUGCGUUUGAUGCAGGGCUCCACAUGAGGCUCAAUCCCAUGAUCCUGGCAUCGUGAGCUGAGUUAAAAUCAGGAGUUGGAUGCACAACCAACUGAACCACUCAGCGGCCGCUAGAUUGGGAAGAAUUUUCUAAGUGUAAAAGCAAUGAAAAAGUUGUAAAAGUAUUGCUAGAUUUGACUCCACCAGAUUUAUUGGCAAACACAAACUAGGGAAAAUAUUUAAAACAUAAUUGAUGUUAGUAUGAUAUGAAAAGUUCUUAGAGUCAAUAAAAAAACAUCAAUACUCAAAAUAAAAAUGGAAAAGGACAUAAACAGAAGAUAUACAUAUGACCAACAAAUAUAUGAAAAAAUGUCCUAACACACUAAUAAUACACAAAACAUUUUUAUGAAUGAAAUUGAUGAAGAUAAAAAACACUGAAAUUCUCAAUGCAGAUCUGAUGUGGUGAUGCAUACAUAUUCUAUACUGCUGAUGGGAAGGUAAAUUUGCUUUUUGGAAAGCACAUAAGUAAUAUGUAUCAAGAGUCUUUUAAGCAUUCAUCUCUUCAAAUGAUUUAAAGGAGCAGCAACAGCAAAUGGAGGAACAACACAGGUUUAAGUUGAAUACCCCAAUAGGUGGCAGCCCUGCUAUGGACCUGGGUCACUGCUUCACUCCUUGCUCUGUUUUCUCAUUCAUAAAAUGGAGGGAAUUAAUAGUACUAAUCUCACAAUACAUGCAAAUCAGUUAGAAUAGUGUCUGGUAUUCUCUAGAUGAUAAGUAAAUGUUAGCUAUUAUUAAAUAUGUACAUAUAAAAAUGAAUAUGUAUAGGGGUGACUGGGUGGCUCAGUCUGUUGAGCAUCUGACUCUUGAUCGGCUUGGGUCAUGAUCUCACGGUUUGUGAGAUGGAGCCACCCCUGUGGGGCUCUGCACAGAACCUGCGUGGGAUUCUCUCCCUUUCUCUCUCUGCCCCUCCCCUGCUCAUGCUCUCAAUCUCUCUCAAAAAAAAAAAAACUUAAAAAAAAGGAAUAUACAUAUAUGAAAAGUUCAUAAUUUUGACCCAUCCAACAUCUAGAAAUUUAUCCUAAGGAAAAAUACAGGAAUUUAGACAAAGAUUGACAUACAAAGAUGUGCAUCGCAUCUUUAUUUACAGAAGCAAACACCAUUAAACCAAUAAUAUCUAGCAUGUGAAUAGUUAAAUGAAGUAUAAUACAUUCAAAUGAUGCUGAAGUAUUAUACAAUCAUUUUGAAAAGAUUCUGUUUUUGAAGAUAGUUUAAUGAUACGGAAAAAUGCUAACAAGUGAAAAAAACAGGCUAUAAAACUGAUUCUUUAGUAGGAUCAAAUUUUGAAAAAUUAAUUUAUAUAUAUUUUGUACAUAGAGAGGCAUUUAGGAAAAAGGUCAAUUAGAAUAUUGACCAAUCAGAAUAACAAUGUUCAUCUCUGCACGUUGGAAUCACAAGUUAUUUUUUCCUUAUAUUUAUUAUUAGUAUUUCUAUUAUUCAGUAUUUUACACAUUUUAUAAUGAAUAUUAUCAUUCCCAUUAUCAUGUAACUUGAAAGGAAAAUGGUAUAUAUACAUAUAUAUAUAUUUGAUAAGUUGCUUAACUAUGUGAAUGGGCUUCCCAACGUGCUCAUUUUGCUCCUCUCUAACAAAUCCUACUCUCUACUAUAGAACAAACCCCUUGGGAACAGGGUCUAUGCCUCAUUUAUCUGCAUAUUCCUAUAGUGCCUAAUUCACUUGUGUGCACAUUGUAGUCACUCAUUAAUUUAUAGGUCAAAUCAUAAUCACGAAAGAUUGAAAUUCUUCCACAAUAAGAUGUAAAUGAUUGCUAAACUUAAAGUGUUACCACUCCCAGGGAUAUGUGCAUUUAAAUUCAUCAGUUUUUUUUUUUUUUUUGCAAGGAAGAUUUAUUAGGAUCUCGUGCACAAAAAGUGUUGUUCUAGGUACUAUGGAGAAUAUAUAGAAGUUGUUCCUACCUUUGAAAUGCUUAUAACCUAAACUAACUGUGGAGUAGAUUAGGAAAGCAAAAGAAGCAAAAAAAGGAGCUACAUCAUUGUAUGUUAGACACUGUGCUAGGCAAUUUACUUAUAUCGAAUUCUCAUAACAAACCUUUGAGGCAGAAUCUUCACAGACAUUUUACAAAUAUGGAAAUGGGAGGCUUGGGGAAGUUGGGAGACUUAUCCAAGUUCACAGAGUUAGUUAGUUAGUUAGUUGCAGAGGUGGCAUUUAAACCCUGGACCUUCUGGACCUGACUCUAGACUAUUAAUGAACACUGCCUCAUCAAAAGGGUGUGUGUGGGGUGGGGAGCUCAUACCUAGCUUACAGUGUUGCUGUAAAGACUGAAUGAGUUGGGGCACCUGGGUGUCUCAGUCGGUGAAGCCUCCAACUCUUGAUCUCGACUCAGGUCAUGAUCCCACAGUUCACAGUUCGUGGCAUGAUCCCAUGGUUUGUGGGAUUGAGCAAUGUGUCGGGCUCUGUACUGACAGAACAGAGCCUGCUUGGAAUUCUCUCUAAAUAAAUAAAUAAAUAAAUAAAUAAAUAAAUAAAUAAAUAAAAAGACUGAAUGAGUUAAUACAAGUAAAGGGCAGUGUCUAGCACUUAGUAAACAGUCAACAAACAUUGGUUAUUGUUACAGGAAAUCAGAGGAUGGAGAAACGAUAUCCAGCUGGGAAUGGAUCAGGAAAGGCUUUCCAGAGGAGGUGACAUUGAGGAAAAGGUUGAAUGUUAAUGAAGAGUGAUGGAAUAGGGAGAGGUGGGAAAGCUCAGGUUUAUGGGGCCAUGAGUAGAUAGGAGAUAAGGGGUGGCAUGGGAGCUAUUGGGAGAUAAACCUCCAAAGAGAGGCAGGGGUCAAAAUGUGGAGGGCCUCAAAUGCCUAAUUUAAAACCCUGGAGUUAACCACUGGGCAAUGGGAGCCAUUAAAAGUUUUUGAGGAAGAGAAAGAUAAAGCGUUCUUCAGCAGCAAUGGAGCUGGAAACUUUGCAGUUUUAUCCUUGAAUGUUACCCACUGCAGAAACCAGCAAACUGAGGAGUAAUGUUUUGGACUGAAGGAAAGGAAAGGGGAAAGAAGGAGGGAGGUUGAAAAACCAGAGUGGAGUGAAUUAACUAGAGGACUAUAGAAAUGAAAAGUGCUCCUGGUGGGAAGUGGUGGAAAGGAGCUCUUCCCUGAUUCCUCAUUCCGGAGACAGCCCAGGGACUGAACUCGAACCAUAACCUACGUUUUCCCAAUUUUACGACUUCCCCAUUUUAAGUUUCCACCUCCGUGGAGGGCUCCAUUUAACUUCUAGACUGUGCUUUUGGCCAGUGAGGAGUAAGCGUAGGGCAUUAGGACCCAGCGAUUGUUGUAGUGAGAGAGGUUGAAUCUCAAUCUCUCAAUUUUUCUCCCGAGCUCCCUCCUCUUCCUUUGUCAUUCUAGCUGCCUGCUGCCUCCGCAGCAUCCCUCUAGCUCUCCUUCCUUCUAUCUCUCUCUGUGCUAACUGUCUGCGCCUUAGACAGGGUGCGCAAAGCCGAAGGAUUGGUUGGGACCUGCCUUGGUAACCCCAUGGCGUCCCCCAGAACCGUAACUGUCGUGGCCCUCUCAGUGGCCCUGGGACUCUUCUUUGUUUUCAUGGGAACUAUCAAGUUGACCCCCAGGCUCAGCAAGGAUGCCUACAGUGAGAUGAAACGUGCUUACAAGAGCUAUGUCCGAGCCCUCCCUCUGCUGAAGAAAAUGGGGAUCAAUUCCAUUCUCCUCCGCAAAAGCAUUGGUGCUCUUGAGGUGGCCUGUGGCAUUGUCAUGACCCUUGUGCCUGGGCGUCCCAAAGAUGUGGCCAACUUCUUCCUACUCUUGCUCGUGUUGGCUGUGCUCUUCUUCCAUCAGCUAGUUGGUGAUCCUCUCAAACGCUACGCCCAUGCUCUGGUGUUUGGAAUCCUGCUCACCUGCCGCCUGUUGAUUGCUCGCAAGCCAGAAGACCGGUCUUCUGAGAAGAAGCCCUCACCACCACCAGGGCAAGCAGGGAAUUCCGGGAAUGCAGAGGAGCAGUCCUCCUUAUAUGAGAAGGCCCCUCAGGGCAAAAUGAAGUUAUCAUAGGAAAGCAAAAGUGCAAAAAGUGGACCUUCCAGGCAGUUGCCUCCAUCACACCCAGGAAGAUGUCAGUGUGUGUUUUUCAUUUGAUUUAUUUAUCUUGAGGGAAAGGAAAAAAUAUAAUCUGCAAGUUAAUGGCCCUAUUGGCUUGUGUACACCUAUACCCUAAAAUGACCUCCCCACAUAGACAUAGUGUACCACCUUUAAUCACUCCGGGGAAAUUCUCACAUCUUGCUGCAUGCACAUGUAUAUGGCUAACUAUUGAAGUGUAUUUGUGAGAUGGACUCCAGCAAGCAUGUGACUGUAAGACUAUAUGUGGGAAAAUGUAUUUACUGUGUGUGUGUGUGUGUGUGUGUGUGUGUGUGUGUGUGUGCGCGCGUGCGCGUGCAUGCAGGUGCGAGGAGAAGGCUCUGAUCUUAAACUAAUCCUGCACAGGUAUCCUUCCCUUUAUAGACUGAUUCUAGUAAGGGCAGAAUAAAAUAAACCUCCUAUAAAGAGAAUCCUACUUACUUCUGGUAUAAAUCAAGUGAUAUGUUUCUGUGGCAUGAGGGAAUUUCUCUCAAUAGAUUAAGCUGAGAACCAAUUUAUCACUUUAGGAAAAAGUUCCUUCAAUUUGAGACACUGAGUUAUACUGAUUAGCCUCCACUGUAACAGUUGUUGAAAUUUUAAAUACUCUAUAUUCAGUUUAAUUAAAAGAAGGGAUAUAUGCAGUCUGUACAUAAUCUA